UAAAUCCGUGUUCGCGAAAGCUCGUUAAAAAAGAUUUUUCUUUGAAGAAUCCUCACAUCCAGCCCGCCAGAACCAACCCCCCUCCUCCCUUCCCUAUAAAACCAACAAAACCCCAUUUCUGCAAACAUACAUAAACAAUCCCAAUCGAUCUUCCAAUCUCUAAAUCCCUAAAAAAUGGGCAUGGUUUUCGGAAAAAUCUGUGUCGAAACCCCCAAGUACGAGCUCAUCAAAUCCACGCCCGAUUACGAGAUCCGAAAGUACCCUCCAUCCGUGAUCGCCGAGGUCACCUACGACCCGACCCAAUUCAAAGGCGACAAGGACGGUGGCUUCGCCGUCCUCGCCAACUACAUCGGCGCCUUCGGCAACCCCCAGAACUCCAAGCCGGAAAAAAUCGCUAUGACGGCGCCGGUGAUAACAACAACAACAACCAACUCGUCGCCGGAGAAGAUCGCGAUGACCGCUCCGGUGGUGACGAAGAAGGAGGAGGAGAGGGUGACGAUGGGGUUUAUACUGCCGUCGAAGUAUAAGAAGGCGGAGGAGGCGCCGAAACCGGUGGACGAGAGGGUGGUGGUGAGGGAGGAGGGGGAGAGGAAGUACGCAGUGGUAAGGUUUAGCGGGGCGGCGACGGAGAAGGUGGUGGCGGAGAAGGUGGGGAAGCUGAGGGAGUGGGCGGAGAGAGAUGGGUAUAAGGUGGUUGGGGCGGAGGUGUUGGGGAGGUAUAAUCCGCCUUGGACUUUGCCUGCUUUUAGGACUAAUGAGGUUAUGUUGCCUGUUGGGUGAACCCGACGUGGUGUCACCGAUCCAUUCAUGUUCGGUCACGUGUGGCCAAGGUAGGCUCGAAGCUGAGCUGGCAGUGCUGAGUGGUCGGCCAGCUUGGCUUUGGAGGUUGCCUCAAACACAUCGAGUGAAAACAUGAAUAGUGAUACUACGUAAGCGCGUCACGUGAGGUCACCGUAUUUUUUAAAAUACUUUCCCUUGCGUUUUUUUUGUGGGUUUUUAUUGCGGUGUUUGUACUAGAAGUUAAAAACUAUGUAGAGUUUGAAUAAUAGAGUUGAUAUGGUGGAUAGAGUAGUACUUUUGAUGCUUGAAGUUGAAUGUAUUAUUGUGUUUUCAUGUUUCCUUUA